UCUAGCAAGUGCGAAUUUUUAUAGAUAUUUAAAGUAAAAUAAUACCCAUGCAUAAUUCUUGAACAGAAAAUGUAGAUUCUGUGGUUGUUUAAUUUUGGAUGUAUUCAUUUUAUGGUAGACAGAAUAAAUAAAUAAAUAAAUGGAAAAGAAGAAAUUGUUGGGUUGAUUUGAGAUUUGUGAACAAAGAUUCAAAUUCGAAGACCGGUCUUAGAAGCCUCCACAUCGCAAGUGAAGCAAGCUGGAGACACACCUGGCCACUCAAAAGGCACCUUACUUUGAAGCAAGAUAUUUUUGGGAAUCCUCAAUUUAAUAUACUUCAAACUCACCAAGUUUUGCAGAUGCAAAUCUGUGACAGAAUCAUCGAUGUAUGCAGAUUUGUUUGAAAUGUUGAUUUCUCAUAUUUGGAUUGUUUCCGGUAGCUUCAAAUCUAUUGCGGGGAAAUUCAUCUGGCAACACACGGCAAACAUGGUUUCUGCAACGCCACCCAGGAAGAAUAACCUAAUGGGAUUUGAUUACUGAAAAAUUUGGUCAGAAAUCUGGCGACAGUUUGCGAGAGACAAUGUCACUGCUCCAGAAGGGGGCUUGCGAGUCGCUACCAGUUCUUCGGCUUCUGAUCCGAGCCUUGGAAAAAGCGCUGUUAUCCCUUCUAAACUUGCCGCCGAAUGAACAUGAGGGGGAGAAAGGUUUUCCCGUGUCAGAGGGGGGCGGGUAGAGUCAGUCCCCAAUCACCGGUAACUAAGCCCACCAACAGGAUUAGAGGGGGACAAAGCUGAGAAACAGCUUUGCUAAAAGACAAUAUGCUCAAAUGAUCACAUCUGACCUCCCAGAACCGUUCACUUCGCAGCCCCUUGGAGACAGCUCCAAGGAGAAGCGCAUAUCCUUGGUUGCUGGUGGAAGAAUCAUCUACCAGCUCAGUAAGACGGGCUUCCUUGUCAUCAUCUUCAUCGUCACCAGAGGACCUCCACCCAUGAAAAGCCUCCAUUUCUCUUUCAUCCCCUGUUUAAAAGGUAGUAAAGAAAUUGAGCGAUUUGAGUAGAUUCUACUUUGACUUGGUAAUUAGCACACAUCUUUCAGUAGACUUGUCCCUUUGGGGGAAUGGCAGUCGGAGGAUUGAGAGCAUGUCAACUCGUCAAGCCGUUGUAUAAGCUUGGGUCGUUGAGGUGGCAGAACAAUGAUUCUGUCGAGCUCCUUGUACGUAGGAGGGAUACAGACUCUGAUGGGAUAACACAGGGGUAGAGGAGGCAGAGGGGUCAGAAGGGUCAGAAGGGCAAGGUUGCGGUGUCCGAUAUGCCUGGAGGGUCUGGAAGUUUAAUGCAGAACGAAAGAAACAUGGCAGUCGCCAGUCUGAGCUCUUACAGUGGGCAGAACUUCAAGCUUAUGCGAAACAUUGGCAGCAACACCAACUCUCUGGUUGCAAUGCUUCAAGGCUCGUGCUCUCCUCGCAUAGCAUCAAAUCAAGUGCCGCGGUCAAUGGGAAGCCCGAAGGAUAUGACCAAAGUUUGUGGACAGAAACGACCUUUUUAUCCUACAAUUGAUAGGCGGAGUGUCGAAGAGCCAGACGAUGAUGACGAAGGAGCCGACGAAUUCUCCCUCCGUUCGGAGAAGAAGAGGAGGUUGUCAUUUGAUCAGGUGCAAUCGCUGGAGCGAAGUUUCGAAUUGGAAAACAAGCUGGAGCCCGAGAGGAAACUGCAGUUGGCUAAGGAGCUUGGCUUGCAACCUCGUCAAGUGGCUGUGUGGUUCCAGAACAGACGCGCAAGGUGGAAAAUCAAACAGCUCGAGCGCGACUACGGCGCUUUAGCAAAGGACUACAACAGACUUAAAGAAGAAUUUGAAGCCGUUAGCCGAGACAGAAAUGGUUACAAAGCUGAGGUGAAUCUCCUGAAGGGAAUUCGUAAUGACGACCCAGAUUCUCCAAUAACAACGCCUAUUCGGUGCCUGAGUGAGACGAUGCAUCACCCUGCCUCCCCGGCGCAAUCGGAAAAAUCCGACAUUAUCUCGUGUAGAAAUUGCGCCUCACCCUCCAUAGACGUGAACCCCGUACCAUCUAAGGAAGCUGGCGUUACAGGAACCAUGAGCCCGGACUGCAAUUCUAGCAACACCAUAGACGCAGACAGCCCCCUCACAAGCCACAGCACCACUAGCUGGAGAAGUUUGUAUACUCGGAUGGCGCAGACCGACAAGGCGCCGUGGGGGGCCCAGCACACCCAAUUCCCUCCCGAGAGCUUUGCAGGUCCCAACUUUCCACAUCCCUGCGCGGAUCAGAGCCUCGCUGCGGCAGUUGCUGGUGCCCGAGUGAAGAUUCACAACCUCGGUGCCGAUCAAGCCUUCGUUGCCUCUCGAAUGGAGGAGCAAACCAUUUUGACCAAUUGGUGGGACUGGGAUUAAUAUGAACCCGACGUACUGCUUGAUCUGGAUUCGAUCCACAUGCUUAUUCCUCGGCUUCCGGCUUCACUCCCGGCUGCUCUUUUCAUGUGGUACUAGACACAGUUCCUUCACCAUGUGUAAUCCAACGUCAAUACGAGCCGCACUGUCGGGGAUCACUGGUGCCCAUAUCCAGCACCGAUCGCCAUCAUCACUUGUCGGUGGUCCCACCAGAACUUUUGCGUGGUAGCAAUGGAAUCACGACAACCAGACGCUUCCAGAUUAUGCUAUGCUGCAACCCUUUGCUGUGCAAAUGCACUAUUGGCCAUAGUUUGAAAAUCUUGUUAGAUACCUCAGCUUGUGUAAAUACCCAGAUUAGGGACACACAACCCUCUCAGGACGAGAGCUUCGAAUUCAAUAAUCACAAUGAUCUAGUACCGAAAACCUCAGUCUCCUUGCCUUAGUGACCCCGCACCAUUUCCACCUCUUCGGUGCAUCACUGUUCUUCUAGCCCCCGUAAUUGUACAUACCGGAAUAAGUAUUUCUUCCUCAAGGCAGGAAGAGGGUUAGAAAUCAAAAGCGCAUACAUGUGUGAUACUGAACGAAAACUGAUGAAAUAUCUCUCAGUAAUCUUCAAAAGCAGAAAAAUGUGUCUGAAAGUUUCAAUUCCUUAAUCCUGACAUGCUCCUCUGGAGCAUUCCACCAAUGCUCACCAAUCA